CUCUGCCACAGACUGCAAUUCACUUCAAUUAGGCUUAAACUCAGUCUCACAUUGCGUCUGCACCAGGCAGGUCUCCUUGCCGUCGUCCCGGUUCGCCUGCAUGGCGUGAAUGCGGGGUCCGAUGGCGGAGAUAUAUCCCUUCGAGUCAUCGGCCUUAUCGUCGGACUAUUCCGCUUGCCCCUCUAGCUUUCUCUCCCCUUCUUCACUCUUCAUAGACCGUUUCCAACCCUCAUAGACAAACCUCUCGCGAUGGCUGACCCUUCUGUCCUUGUGCAAUCUCUCACUCCUGCGGCUGUCCAUGCUGCCCACUCCCUUAUCCAACCCUACGUGCACCGCACUCCUCUCCUCACCUGUCAAACCCUCAAUACCAUCGCCUCGACGCCGCAAUCCCCUGAGGCAUUGACCGGAACCCCUUUCGAGGGCCAAUCUCCGGCCAACCCCAAGUUCCACUUCUUCUUCAAAUGCGAGAACUACCAGCGGAUAGGUGCCUUCAAGGCCCGGGGGGCCUUUCACGCUCUGUUGCGACUCAUCGCCGAGCGGGGUAAGGAGGAGGUGCAGAAACGGGGUGUUAUUACGCAUAGUUCCGGAAAUCACGCCCAGGCUCUCGCUCUCGCCGCCGCCACGCUCGGUGUGCCCGCCUACAUCAUUAUGCCCGAGAUUAGCACCCCGUCCAAGAUCGCCGGGACACGCUCGCACGGCGCAGAGGUCAUCUUCAGCGGAUCUACGAGCGUUGAGCGCGAGGCAGUCGUGGAGGAGGUACAGGGAAGGACGGGUGCCAUUCUGGUCCCACCGUACGAUGACUUCAAUAUCAUCUGCGGUCAGGGCACCUCAGCCCUCGAGCUUGAGCAACAGUACGGUGAGCUGCUGGCUGAGAAGCCCCAGCUGAGCAUCCACCAGGAAAGCAAGGCUCUUGAUGCGGUCAUCACCCCCAUCGGUGGAGGUGGUCUUAAUGCCGGUGUCGCAACCUUCUUCUCGGAUAAGACGACCAAGGUGUUUGGUGCCGAGCCCACUUUCGAGGGCGCGGAUGAUUGUCGCCGGGGGUUGGAUGCCGGAGAGCGUGUUCCGGCCGUCUCAACGCUGACGAUCGCGGAUGGAUUGCGGACGCCGGUCGGGUUGUUGAACUGGGAGGUGAUUGCGGACCGCAACAAGGUUGCUGGAGUGUUUGCCGUGACAGAGGAGCAGAUCAAGGCAGCAAUGCGGUUGGUGCUGGAGCGGAUGAAGGUUGUGGUAGAGCCAAGUGCCGUGGUUGGUUUGGCUGUUUGCCUGUACAACGAGGAGUUCCGACGACUGGUCGAAAAGGAGGAUCCUGAGGGUUGGGACGUGGGAAUCGUAUUCAGCGGAGGAAACACCACGGUUGAGGCCAUUGCGAAGUUGUUCGGCUAGCAGAUAAUCUGCUUAAGGUGAUUGAUGUCAUGCCUGCACAGUGUACAUAGCUGUAAUAUCAACCAAUGUCGACCCCGUCUCUCCCU